CGAGGCGCUCUAAAAUGGCGGAAUUGGACGUCGGUAAACAUUGUCAAAUUGAGUGUUGCAAGCAAAAAGGUCAUAACUGAUAUUUUAAAAUGUUUUAAAUGUGUAUGUUAAAGGCAGCUAAAUUGCUGGUUCUGUGUGAAGAAAGUAACUAAUCAUCUUUAUUGUAACUCCCCUAGAUCACUAGUGACUAGCUGUAGUCAGGCUACCCGCGAGUCAGCAUCAGUUGCUAGCUGACUGUAGUGACUAUAUUUUUUUCCCUGUAGCUAAAAUAACAUUUGAUAGACUACGUGACAACAAGCUUGAUGAAUCUUGAAUAAAAUUCACUUUUUUUUAUUUGCAGACUUUCUGCCGUUUGUAUGUGACAUCUGCUCCGGAGUGUUUUGUCUCGAACACAGAAGUAGAGAUUCACACUCCUGUCCAGAGGUCUCUGUGAUGAGGAAAAACUUGGACCCAGAGGUUCAUACAUCAUAUCCAUGCACAUUUCAAGACUGCAAAGGCAGGGAGCUUCUACCUGUGAUCUGCCAACAUUGUCAGAAACAUUUCUGUCUUGUGGUCGUAACAGUCGUGUAAGCGUUUCACUGCAUAUCAUACUGUGUACGAUUAUUCAUCGGCAUCAGGAAGACCACAGAUGUGAGAAGUUGGAGACACCAAAACCACGAAUGGUAGCAACACAGGAACUUGUGCAAAAAAUAAUAGAAUCAAAGAAGAAUGCACCAACCAGUAAAGGGAGAAAAGGGGCAAAAAAUAGUGCUACAGCUGCUAAAGUUGCCCUUAUGAAGCUAAAGCUGCAUGCUACUGGAGAUAAAGGAUUGCCACAGACAGAGCGGACGUAUUUCCAGGUGUUUCUGCCAGAAAGCGUGAAAACAUGCAGCAUGCCCAUAUUCUUUAGCUCCAAGUGGACUGUGGGUAAAGUGAUCGAUUUUGCAGCAGCUCAGGCCAGCCUAAAAAACAACAACAAUGUGCUCACAGCCAAGAAACUGCGACUGUGCCAUCCUGAAACUGGGGAGGCCUUUAAAAUGGAUGUAUGUCUCCAGUCGCUGCUUUCACUCUCAGAGUCUCCUCUCUAUAAUGGCGGCAACGUUAUCUUGGAAUAUCUGGAUAAUGAGAGCUUUGGAGUUGAAGAUGCCACAGCCUACAUUGCUUCUUCUUGAUCUAAAAAUGCUAACCUAUAAUCAAGUCAGAUAUGAACACCUUGUUCUCUUUCUUAUCAUUUACUGGCCACUGACCAGACUCCAAUGCUGAAAUAGGAUAAAAUGAACAUUAUUCUGAUGAAGAUUAUGCAGGCAAUUAUUGGAUUAUUCAGUUGAGUUCAUGCACUGUUUCUGGCCACAAAGACUGAUUGUUCUACAUGCCAUCUAAUAUUUGUAAAAACAUGUUUUUUUUCAUCUGGAAGCUGGUCUUUGUGUUUAAUUAGCUUAAUCUCACCCUGAUUAUAUGAGCAAUAUCUAACCUUUAAUUUUCGAAACCCUUAUUUCUUGUGUUAUUGAGAUUAAAGAAGACUUGACUUAGCGAUUAAGCCCAAGAUGUCAGACCAACUGAGACAUGACCAGGAUGAAACAAUAUUCAUAAUUUCAAUUUAUUGCCAAAGUUAUUUAGAUGUGAUAGUGCCCAUGUUGAGGAAACCUGUUGUGACCCAAAUUUGUUGUCACUCCUCAAAAUUGUCUAUUCUAAGGCUGAAGUUUCAUGAUAAGCCAUUUCAACAUCUAUAAAUAUUGUCUUGUCAUGAUCAAACAAUGUCAAAAUUCAGGGACACUCCUAAUAUGUGGUCACUAAGAUAUACACGACUCUACAAAAGCCACAUGCAAAGAAAUUCUGUAAAACCUUUAUAAGCAAUGACAAUUAAAUGUUUUACUAGA